UUAAGUACAUUUCGUGUUAACUUAGUUUUCCCUCUCUCGGCCUUUUUUUUUUUUUUCUUUCAUAUUUUUAGCUGCAAAAUUUAUCUCAUAAAGCUGCAACUGAUAUCACCUAAAAAUAUACAGAGAAAGAAAGUGUGUUCACUGGGUAACAGCAUGCAUACACACAGUUUUUUUUUGCAGAGUAAAAAAAAAUAUAUAGAAAAUAAAUUUUGAGAAAAGGGUAUUUUGGGUUUGUAUUUUCUAAGCUUAUAAUAGAAGAAUCAGAAUGAUCACAAAUUUCAAGAAACAGUAUUUGCAGAGGAGAAGAAAAAAACUAAAAAUUGAAACUUUUUUGUAUUUUGUUUAUAUAUUUUGAAAAAAAGAGAGAAAAGGGUGUUUGAUGUUUGUAUUUUCUUAGCUUAUGGAGUAAUAGAGGAAUCAAGAAUGAUGUAACUAUUUUCAAGAAACAGUAUUUGCAGAGUAGGUAAAAAAAAAAAAAAAAUUGAAUCUUUUUUGAAUUAUAUUUGAAAAAGAGAGAAAAGGGUUUUUGGGGUUUCAUCAGAAUGAUGACUACUUUCAUCGAAAGGUCAGUUUCUUUUUGAUGAAAAAAAAGUUUUUUUUUUUUUUUAUAUAAAGGUACUAAUUGAUAGCUAAAGACCCCUCAUGCUUUGGUCCGCGUGCUUUGAUGGAAAAAUAAAACUGACCCCUUUUGUUUGUAAUUUUUUUUUUUUUUUGGUUUUGAUGGGGUGUUGAUGGAGAGUAUAGUAAGGCCCACUUAGAUUUUGCAGAGAAAGAGAGAGGUCCUUUUUGCAGUGUGUGGGGUGUUUGUUCUUUGGUUUUGGAUUAUUUGGGCAUGCUCUUUCUCUGUCCAAUUAGAUUGUUUUCUUGUAUAUUAACUUAGAUUCUCUCUGAGUCUUUGUUUUUCUUUGGUCUUUUAUUCUUCAAGAAAAUGUUGUCAUGUCCUUUACUAUGUUUUGAAGAAUCAUUCCUUUGACAGUUAUGUUAGUUUUAGGUUGUUUAGAUUAAGGAAGAUGUCAUAUUGUUGACUUGUUGGUUGGUGGGUUGUGUGUGGGUUUUUGGAAAGAUGGGUUCUUUGGUUUUGUUUUUGGGGUUGAAGUGAGGGAAAUCAUAGAGGUUUUUAUGGGUUCUGCUGAAGAGAAGAGCAAACCAGGAAGUUUGGUCAGUGGAGGACAUACUCUACUUGAGGAAAUGAAGUUAUUGAAGGAAAUGCAGGAUCAUACUGGAGCGAGGAAGCUAAUAAAUUCUGAGCUGUGGCAUGCUUGUGCUGGCCCACUUGUAACAUUGCCUCAGGUUGGAAGCCUUGUGUAUUACUUCCCACAGGGGCACAGUGAACAGGUGGCUGUUUCCACAAACAGAACAGCAACUUCACAGAUACCUAAUUAUCCAAAUCUUGCUCCUCAGUUGUUGUGCCAAGUUCACAAUGUUACCCUACAUGCAGAUAAGGAGACAGAUGAGAUCUAUGCCCAAAUGAGCCUCCAACCUGUGAAUUCUGAGAGAGAUGUCUUCCCCAUUCCAGAUUUUGGACUGAAGCCUAAUAAGCAUCCAACUGAGUUCUUUUGCAAAACUUUGACUGCCAGUGAUACAAGCACACAUGGUGGAUUCUCUGUUCCUAGAAGAGCAGCAGAAAAGCUGUUCCCACCCUUGGAUUACUCGAUGCAACCUCCAACACAAGAGCUUGUUGUACGAGACUUGCACGAUAAUACUUGGACAUUUCGUCACAUAUACCGCGGGCAGCCGAAGCGACAUCUUCUCACAACUGGAUGGAGCAUGUUUGUUGGAGCAAAACGCCUUAGAGCUGGUGAUUCUGUUCUAUUUAUCAGGGAUGAGAAGUCACAGUUAUUGCUGGGAGUGAGGCGAGCUAACCGUCAGCAAACCUCAUUGCCCUCUUCAGUCCUGUCUGCUGAUAGUAUGCAUAUUGGAGUACUUGCAGCUGCUGCCCAUGCUGCUGCUAAUAGAAGCACAUUCACAAUAUUCUACAAUCCUAGGGCAUGUCCUUCAGAGUUUGUCAUUCCUUUGACCAAAUAUAGAAAAUCUGUUUAUAGCACACAACUUUCAGUUGGUAUGAGGUUUGGAAUGAUGUUUGAAACUGAGGAAUCCGGUAAACGCAGAUAUAUGGGCACUAUUGGAGGCAUUAGUGACGUAGAUCCACUGAGAUGGCCUGGUUCCAAGUGGCGGUGUCUACAGGUAGAGUGGGAUGAACCUGGAUGCGGAGACAAACAGAGUAGAGUUAGUCCAUGGGAAGUUGAAACACCAGAAAGCCUCUUCAUAUUUCCUUCCCUGACCGCAGGCCUCAAGCGACCUUACCAGUCUACCUUUUUGGGGGCGCAACCUGAGUGGGACAGUUUGAUGCACCGCCCUUUCAUGCGUGUUCCUGAAAAUGUAUAUGGGGAUCUUCAAAGUUCCUCAAUCUCAAACCUGUGGUCAGAACAGCUGAUGAAGAUGCUGGUAAGACCUCCUGGUGUUACUGGUCUUCAAUGCGGUAUCCCAACAGUACAAGACAUUAAGGUUGUGCUACCUCAAGAAGCGCAACGGAAUGUAAUACAGGCAGCUGGAAACCUAAAACCUGACCUAACUACUGUAGAAGCUACACCUGCACAAAGUGAAACAAAUUCUGAAGUGAUCCUCAAUCAACCUGGUGUUGUCAACUCUAUUUCUUCGAUGCAAGCGAAGUCUCAACCUCCAGAAAAAGUAGGAAUUGACACUGUUGGAAAAAGUUCCGAGCAAGUAAAAGAAACUAGUACUUCUUCAGGUAAAUUAGAUCAGUUUGAGUCUGUAGAGCAGUGUACUGAAGACAAAGUAACUGUAAAGCCAGCAAGUACACCUAAUCUUCCAACUGAUGCGAGUGCAACAGCUUCCAACCACAACAGCUUAUCUCAAUUGCAAGCUAGUCCUUGGCUUAUCCAGGCACAGUUGGAGUCACAAAUUCCCCCUAACACUCAAAUUUAUUCUGCUGGUUCCAAUAAUAUCCUCCACUGUUCGACUAAUAAUGAGUGGAAUCCAUCCUCUGUGCAGUCUGCUGCUGGAUUGCUCAGAUGUCCUGUGUCGACCUCCACUUUGACAAAACAUGACAAUUCUUUUAUCUUGCCUGAUACUGUUGGUACUGGACUAGCUCCAAUAGGCCAGGAUUUGUGGGAUCAUCAGUUGAAUGAUGUGAAGUGCUUUUCCCAGACAAACCUUCCGGUUCCACUAGACAUAACUAACAUGCAGUUCCUACCUGAUUCAUAUGGUUUUAAAGACUUGUCAGAGGAGAGCCAUAACCAAAGUGAUAUAUAUAGCUGUCUUAACUUUGAUAGCAACAGCGGGAGUACCGUGAUUGAUAAUUCUGUUUCGAGCACAGUGUUAGAUGAAUUCUGCACUUUGAAGCAUACUGAUUUCCAGAAUCCUUCAGAUUUUCUAUUAGGCAACAUCAGUUCUAGUCAAGAUGUUCAAUCUCAGAUUACAUCAGCUAGCCUAGCAGAUUCUCAGAAUUUCUCUGUACAAGAAUUUGCUGACAACUCGGGUGGUGCAUCAUCAAGCAAUGUAAACUUUGAUGAAUGUAAUCUUCUGCAGAAUAACUCAUGGCAGCAAGUCGCUCCACGUGUGAGGACAUAUACAAAGAUUCAAAAGGCUGGAUCUGUGGGAAGAUCAAUUGAUGUCUCUGGCUUUAGAACUUAUGAUGAACUGCGCGCUGAAAUUGAAAGAAUGUUCGGACUUGAGGGGCUACUGAAUGACUCCAGAGGCUCGGGCUGGAAGUUGGUCUAUGUGGAUUUCGAGAAUGAUGUCCUUCUCGUUGGUGAUGAUCCUUGGGAGGAAUUUGUUGGAUGUGUUCGAUGCAUCAGAAUCUUAUCGCCCACUGAAGUUCAACAGAUGGGUGAGGAAGGAAUGCAGCUAUUGAACUCUGCCGGACUGCAAGGCAUAAAUGGCUCAACAUCAGAAUAUCCAAACUGAGCUAGCUCAAAACAGGUGGUGAUCUAUGAGUUCACAGUGAUUGAUCACUAGUUGCAUGGAACAUCAUGAUGAUUAAUGUUGUUGUUGAACAUCUUAAGCAGAUGAUUUAUUAGGGGUUUCUGUUAUAUUAGUUGUUGUAAUUUAUGAGUGUGAACUAUGUAAGAAAACAUCUUUAGCAUUAUUAAACUUCGCCCUUCCACAUA